GUUUGUGCAAAUAAUAUGCAGGACCUGAUUUAUAAAUGGGGUCAGGUCAGUGUCAAUAAAGCCUAUGUUGCUCCUGUUACUAGUGAUGAUGAGAAUAUGAAAGAUAAUUUGACGCAUAUAAUUAAAAAGUUAUCUCAUAGUGAUCAAAAUGGAAAAUCUGCUUCUAAACUGAAGGAAUUUGCCUCAAAUUUAUCUGUUUGUCAUGGCUCAAGCUUCUCUUCUUCAACUCAUAUGAGCAAUACCGAGAAAAAAAGCUGGUUGCAAGAAGUUCGUGAUUUAGAUGGAAAUCCCGAAGGUAUCAUUCUCAUAUAUCGAAAAAUGCAACAGCCUCUUCAACACGAAAACCCACAAAUUUCUAAUACUAAUGCAUCAACGAUUCAUACGAUACAAAAUAUGUUAACUUCUCAAAUUAUAAUAACACGUGAUACAAAUUCCACAAGGCCACAUUUUCCAAUUAUUGUGGAUCUUACUACCUGGGUGCAGCCAGCCGGAGCUGAAAUUGGUACUGCAACAUCAGAAAUAAUUGCAACGCCAGUGACAAGAACGAAAGUUUCAAUGACAAAUCCUCAAAUUUCAGGAACUGUAGAUAUCUUUGCACACUCUUCUACAGCUAUUCUGCCUGCUUCGCAGUCUUACAACAACUCCUCCAACACGUCUGCCGUACCUGUAGUCACCAUAUCUGCUCUCUUAACACCUAACUCACGCAUUGAAGAACUCUUGGAAGCCUUAACAAUUGAACAACUGUCAAUGAUCGAAAGGACUGUGCAACUUAUUAAGAGAAAGAAGGAAGAAAAAGUUAUAAGAUGUCAGUUAACUUCUAUCCUUACCUCUGGAACUCUUGUAGAUAGUGGACUGUUGACUAAUGAAAUAUCAACUUAUUACAUGUCAAUUAAAGAGUCUUGUCCAACCGAAAAUAAUCCACCUGCUUAUGGCAUAUGUUUUGUUGAUACAGCGACUGGCGAAUUUAACCUUAUGUCAUUUGUUGAUGAUAUUAAUCGGACUCAAUUCAAAACUUUAAUCAUGCAAGUGAAACCAAAAGAAAUUGUAUAUGAAAAAGUUAGUAUUUGCGAACUUAAUCCAAUUUUUUAUAAGCAAAUUGAAUUUUGGGAUGCAAAUGCUACUUGGGAUGAUAUUAGUUGUUCUCGAUAUUUUUCUAAUAAACAAAAUUUAACUGGGAAAGAUGACGACAAUGAUGAGACGAUGGAAAAUGGUAAUAAUAGAUAUGACCCAGAAAUUUGGCCUGAAGCCAUUAAAGCAGCUAAGAACAGGCCUUUGAUAUUAUCUGCAUUAGGUGGUAGAACUAAUUUGGUAUUUACGUUUGAACUUAACAAUGAUGAAGACAAUGCUAAUAUUAGUGAUUCUGCUCAAACUAAUAGUACAGUUGGUAUAGAAACAA